UUGUUGUUAAACAUACGUAUUUUGAUUUUUGUGAAUUAAUAAAUUUUACUUUUAAAACUUUAAGCUCCAAUUUAAUGAAAUAACAACUACAUACUGGUUUAACUCCUUAUUUUAACUUUGUUCAUCAAUUGAAAUUCAUAGCGCAUUGCUAAGUUUCGGGAUCUGAUGAUUCUAACAUAUAUUCUAUUUUAAAAAAUGAGUCAUGGUCAUAUUUACGCAAUAUCGGUUACUAAUUUAGUUAAGGAAACGUGACUAUGAGAAUAUUGUGCUCUUAUCAAUGUGAUGUUGAGGAGUACUAAAGGGUGAUUACGGUGUAUGUGGUUAACAUUAUUGCUCAAAAUAUUGGACUACCAGAGAUGUUUUCUUACUAAUUUACAAAUACAAGAUAAACAAUUGAGAUAAAAAUGCCUAUACAAAAUAACACUCAAUCGAUGGGAUCAUCAAAUGUAGUAUUCAAUACACAGACAAGAUUUGACACCACAUAUGUGAAGAACAAACAGGGUGUCAUUAAAAUUGUUGAGAUUAUCCUUGACUUGCUAGGCUUUAUAUGCAUUCAGUCUUCAGCAUUCUGGUCCAACUGGCGUGGAGUUUAUUUUAAUGUGACUGCCCACUUGGGGCUGUGGUUUUCUGUGAUACUUCUUUUACUGUAUAUGUUCCACUUAAUAGAAAAGUAUCAUAAUAUGAAAUGGCUACAGAUAGAAAUGAUUGGAUGUGGACUUGUGACAUUUCUUUACCUCAUAGCAUCUACAAUUGUAGUGGCUUUUGGGACUGCUACAUAUUCUGCAGCUGGGUUCUUUGGAUACUUAGCUAUGGUGUUGUAUGGAUUUGAAGCAUUCACCAAAUUUCAAGCAAUAAAGUGUGGCGAAUUGGCACAAGGCAGCCGUGUAAUAACCAAACAGACACAUGUGACUACACCCCCAGCAUUACAUUAAAAAGUAAACAAAAAAAAAUAAGAAUUUUUAUAUAAAAUAAUUAUUUCUUAUCCAGCUACCAGGGUUAAGGGUUGAAAAGGAUGUCCUUCUGACAAACAGUCCAUGUUUGUCCUUUUGAAAAAUCUAAAUAUCUUCAAACUUAGCUUACUUUUAAUAAUCAACAUUUACUACUGAAAUUUGUUCAUCCAUGGCUGAUUUUUAAAAUCAGGCAGACUUUUACCGAAAGUAUCCAUUGUUUGAAAAAUUAAAAAGUUUUAGUAUGUAAGAUUUAAAUGUUUACCAAAGCUUCUUCCUUAAGUAUUCUGUAUUCUCUUCUGUCCGCCUACUGUCACAAUCACACUGGAUAAUAAAUAUUAUAUAAAAUGGUGUGAAAGGCAUUUAUAGAUUUUAAGUUACUAGGAAAAAUAUAAAGUUAAAGUACUUAGGAAAAAUGCCAAUCUUCAACUUAUAACUUAUCAUGUGGCUUGAUUGUAAUUGGUCUUAAUAUGCUAUUGAUCAAUGAAGGAAUUUAAUACUUGUACUAUUAUAAACUUCAAGAUUAUAAUUUUAUAAUAUUCAACAACUUAUAUUUAUUAAUAAUUAUAUGUUGUGAAGCAAAAUGCAAUUGGCUCUAUGUUAAACAAAGUACUCUUAAAAGAUUAUGAGAUUAAAAGUUGGUAGUAACAAAAUAAGUCAAACCUAAUGUAAAUAUUAUUUUGAAUGACCUUUAAGUAACUAAAAAUGUAUAUACAAAUAUUUUGAUAGAAAUGUUAUUCAUAUAAUAUUGUAAAUUAUAAGAACCUAUAUGCUUACACUGAGCUAAAAAACCAUUGUCCGUCCUCAGCUCAGUCCCAUACUCAAUGUUGUGUAUAUUUUGUAUGUAUAAUAUUUAAAACGCUUAUUGUGAUAUUUAAGCAAUUUUUUUGUAUUAAAUUUAAUGUUUCAUGUAUCUAAAAAUGUAUAAAGCAUAACUACAAUUUCAUGUUAAAUGCAUGUGUGUUAAGUGAAGCAUUAAUAAAAGAAAUUGGUAUCUGUGUAAAUUAAAAUGACAAGAUUCAUUUAAAUAUUCAUUAGUUUAUAAGCUUACAUUUACUUGAAAUAGUACUUUACAAUAUCAAGUCACUGCUCAGUAUGUACAAAGACCUGUUUAACAAGUCAUUAUGUUAUUUAUUCUACAAAAUAAAACAAUUUAUUACA